AUGAAGUUGCUCGAUUCCUCGAUCUUCUUAGUUGAGAGUGAGCACAAAUUCCCUCAACUUUUCAAUGGCAGUCCUCCAAUUGUCGUCGCCUUUGACGACCGUCCUGUAUGCAUCUUUCCAUUCUCCGAUGAGCAUCAACGGAAGGCUUCUUCGAGCAUCCGCUUCUGUCCGGGUGCGCGCAGAGAAUUCGUUGACAGUCCUGAUGAACGAGUCGUCUCCUUCAUCUUCUUCAAGAUGACCAAAAAACUCUCCUAUCCCGGUCUCAAAUGCGUUCUUGAGUACUUGGAGGCAAAUCGACGUAUUUACAUCACUGCCCGUAGCCCCGCACUCCGAAGAAUUGAAAAAUUGAUUCCUAUUCAUCUAGAAUACCUAAUGAUUAGUAAUAAUAUUGCUUUGAACUGUAUAAGUAUUCAGGAAGUGUAUUCUGAUACUAAUAUAGAUAAUCAAAUCGAGUUCAGAAAGGGAGAAAAAUCUUUUCUUAGGCAAUAUCCAAUGCACCUGACAUACGAGAAGGCAGCGGAGAGGAUGCAUGAGUACUACUUGGGAGGAAGAAUGAAUAUUUAUGCAGAUCAUUUUUGGUUUUCCUACAUAGAAGAGGGGAAUUUUUCGCAGUUUAACGUGACAACUAAUGAACUGACCAUUCAUAAUUUUCUACUUAACGAUAUUCUCGAAUACAUCAAUCCUGAUAGUUUCCCCCUAAAAGAGCUGUCAAUCGAUUGUAUUGAUGAUUUCAACCAUCCACAUAUUCGUUCUGCAAAGAAGCUUUGCGUUGAGAUUAGUGACGAUCAAAGGAAUGAAUAUUCGACUAGAAUUAAUGCAAUUCAAAACCAAAAUACAGAAUUAGAAUAUGAUACUCUUGAAUGGACGGAUGUAAUGGGCAUCAUCAGGUAUUGGAUGGAAAAUGGGAAGGAGACAGGUACCACUCUUGUAUGCAAAGGCUAUGGUGAUCCGAACGACGAGAUUAUGACUAAGCUGAGAAACGAGUUCAGGGAGAUUUUGAGUGAAUUAAUUGGAAUUAAUGAUCAAUUUCCUAAUGUAGCACCUGGUUUCUCCAUUCCACUAAACUCCUCAUCUAAAAUUGUUGUGUAUGGAUGGAGAAUUUCAGAAAACAUUCCAUACGCGGAGAUUGUCUUAAAAGUUGUGAGCAGUCAAACUGACGACAACAUAAUGGUUAUGGAGAAUCAGUAG